AUCUAAUUAAGGUAGUCCUAAGAAAACAAUUGUCCUGCUUUUUUUAUAAAAAUAAAAAAAAGAAAAAGAAAACAAUUUUCUAUAUUCUCAACCAUGAAGGACACAAUAGUUCUUUACCCUGCUGUUGGGAGUGGACAUUUAAUGUCCAUGGUUGAACUUGGAAAACUCAUAUUAACCCACCACCCUUCAUUUUCCAUCCAAAUUCUCAUUCUCAAUCCACCUAACCAAAACAUUACCACCAACAAUAACAAUGAUUCCACCACUCAAUACACAACUUCUAUCUCUUCCAAAUUUCCCUCCAUAAACUUCCAAUUCAUUCCUUCCAUUUCACUCACUUUAACACUUCCACUUCACUUACACACCCUUGAACUCUCCCCUCAUUGCAACCACCAUGUUCACCAUAUUCUUCAAUCCAUCUCAAAAACUACAAACCUCAAAGGAGUUAUUUUGGAUUUCUUCAACUAUAGUGCUUCACAAGUUAUCAACACUCUACAAAUCCCUAUUUACUUUUACUUCACCUCAUCAGCUUCCAUGCUAUCAUUUUUUCUUCACUUUCCAACUUUUCAUAAAAAUGCCACAAAACCCAUAAAGGACUUUGACAUUCAUACACCUAUUGAACUCCCCGGGUUACCGAGGUUAUUUGUCGAUGACUGGCCCGAAGAAGCGGUCGAUCCAACGAGUCCAAGUUACCAAAUGUUGCUUGAAUGUGCUAAAUCAAUGAGAGAAAGUGAUGGAAUUUUUGUAAACAGUUUUGAUGCUAUUGAAAGAAAAGUUAUUAAAGCUAUGAGAGAUGGGUUGUGUGUUCCUGACGGAACAACUCCAUUGAUUUUUUGCAUCGGACCUGUGAUUUCAGCCUUGUAUGAAAAAGAUGAAAAUCGAUGUAUGAGGUGGCUCGACUCACAACCGAGUCAAAGCGUUGUGUUGUUGAGCUUCGGAAGCAUGGGAAGAUUUUCUAAGGCUCAGUUAAAUGAGAUAGCAAUUGGAUUGGAGAAAAGUAAGCAAAGAUUCUUGUGGAUUGUUAGAACCAAGUUGGAUUUAGAGGAGCUGAGUUUGGAUGAAUUGUUGCCGAAAGGAUUUUUGGAAAGAACAAAGGAGAAUGGAAUGGUAGUGAGGAACUGGGCCCCACAAAGAGCGAUAUUAAGUCAUGACUCGGUGGGAGGGUUCGUUACUCAUUGUGGGUGGAAUUCAAUUUUAGAAGCUAUUUGUGAAGGAGUUCCAAUGAUUACGUGGCCACUUUAUGCAGAGCAAAAAUUAAAUAGAUUGAUUUUGGUACAGGAAGGGAAAAUUGCAUUGAAACUGAAUCAGUCAACAAACAGAUUUGUAAGUGGGACCGAAUUGGGAGAGAGAGUUAUGGAGUUGAUGGAAUCAAAUAAAGGAAAAGAAAUUAGAGACAAUAUUUUAAAGAUGAAAAUAAGUGCUAAGAAGGCAAGGAUGGAAGGUGGAUCUUCGGUUGUUGAUUUGAAAAGGUUUGGAGAUUCAAAGGGAGAGUAUGAUUCUUGGAAUAAUUAUCAUCAAAUUCCCCUUCCUUUUUAGUUGAAUUAAUUAGUGAGAAUAAGCUUAGAAAAAAAAGUGAUAAUAAGAAGUGAAUUUCUCAUCUUAUGUUAUGUGAUGAAAAGAUUUUGAACUGGAUAAGUUCAAAUGUCUUAUGUUUAGUGGUUUGCAAUAAUAAAAGAGAUAUUUUUAUA